AAAUUGUCCAUGUAUUUGAUCCAGUUGCCCAGUUGAAUUCGUAAAUCAGGUCAACUGACAUAAUGCUGCAGAAGGCUUUUAUUUUGUUUUCCCUGAUAUGCAUUUCAAGUGGAAAUGGCUUUGAAGAUGACGAUGAUUCGGUAAUGGAAAAUCCUAAUUUGAUUGAUGGAGAUAUAAUACCUGAAGAUGACAAUGAUAACCGCAACGCCAUAGUGGGAGAGACAAAACUAUGGUCGAUGGGCAGAAUACCUUACGUCAUCAGUUCCAAUCUCACUGAUCAGAUACCGCUAAUAAAGCAAGCCAUGGAGAACAUUCAAAAUAAUACUUGUAUUCAGUUUGUUCCCAGAACUAUUGAAAUGGACUACAUUAAUAUUGAAACUGGCGAUGGAUGUAGUGCGAAAGUAGGAAAAGGUAGUGGAGGAAUUCGUAAAGUAACUCUCGGAGAUGGUUGCUAUAAAAUAGGCAGUGUCAUUCACGAACUAACACAUGCGAUUGGAUUUUACCAUGAACAAAGUCGUUCCGAUAGAGAUGACUACAUCAACAUUCACUGGGAGAACGUCAAGCCAGGGAGAGAAAAUAAUUUCGAGAAGCUGAAACCCCAGCAAAAUAUUCUUCUGGGGCCAUACGAUUACGGCUCCAUUAUGCAUUAUGGACCUUUAACUUUCAGCAAAGAUAAGAAGAGGGGGCUCAAGACAAUGAGUCCUAAGAAAGAAGGUGUUAUUCUGGAGUCACCAAAAAAGAAAACGCUGAAUGUCAAUGACAUUAAAAAAAUAAACAAGCUUUAUAAAUGUUCGUCUGAAAACAUAGAUGAAUUGAUAAUUUAAUUUUAAUAAAAUAGUUUUUGUGAUUAUAAA